CCUUCGUGUGUUGUGAGGUCAUAAAUACGCGCACUGACGUCACAGUUGCGACUAUCUCUCCCGUACCAAACCAAAACAUGUCGACCGCAAUGAAUUUUGGGUCGAAGAGCUUUAAACCUCGACCACCUGACAAAGGGUCGUUCCCACUGGAUCACUUUGGAGAGUGCACCACCUUCAAGGAGACGUUCAUGAGAUGUUUACAAGACAGCAGCUUUGACAAUUCUAAAUGCCGACUUCAAUCCAAAGCCUACCUGGAAUGCCGCAUGCAAAAUCAACUCAUGACAAAGGAACCACUGGAAAAACUUGGAUUCAAAGACCUGGCUGAUCCUCCUCCCAGCCAACUCUGAGAACGCCACAAUGAAAAUAUGAUUUGUGUUUGAAAUGUGGAACAGAAGUGUGCAAGCAAGGUUGAUAGAAUGUUCCAGGAUUGUAUAUGGAAUUUAAUAUGCCUUUCGACAUAUACUGUAAAUAAUUAAAUCGUUUGUACUUUAACCAA